AUGGUGUUCGCCGUGUUGUUGCUGGCCUUUGUGGCGGUCUCAGACGGGCUCAUUCGAAUUCCUAUGAUUCGAGGCAAGUCAGCCCGGCAACUCCUGGAGGAAAAAGGCCUUUACGAAGAGUUUAGAGAGAAGUAUCCUUACAACCCCAGGGCAAAGUUUGACCCCAGGGUUGACCAGAGUAUGGUUCCCAUGGUCUAUGAUGCCAAGGUGACGUACUACGGGGUCAUUGGGAUCGGGACUCCUCCUCAGUACUUUAAGGUGCUCUUUGACACUGGAUCCUCUGACCUGUGGGUGCCCUCCUUAAACUGCAGCGGCUCGGCCUGCAAUGACCAUGCAAAGUUCCGCAGCGAGGACUCCUCCACUUUUCAGCCUGGCACAAAGCAUUUCUCCAUCACAUAUGGCACCGGUUAUAUGACAGGAAUCACAGGAUAUGACACCGUGAAGGUAGGCGACUUGUUUGUGGAGCACCAAAUUUUUGGUUUAAGUCAAACAGAGGCACCUUUCAUGAGUUAUGUGCCAUGGGAUGGGAUUAUGGGUCUGGCCUUCCCCGGCGUGUCACUCGAAGGUGGCACGACCAUUUUUGAUAACAUGUGGAAUCAGGGAAAAGUCCCUGAGUACGAGUUCUCCAUGUACCUAAGCAGUGCUGAGGAAGGCAGUAUGUUAAUUCUGGGAGGCGCGGACCCAUCGUACUUCACUGGAGGGAUCCACUGGGUCAGUUUGUUUGGCGCUACCGGCUUUUGGAACAUCAAAAUACAAAGCAUCACCAUCAAUGGGAACACCGUUGCAUGUUCUGAGGAAUGCGAGGCAAUAGUGGACUCAGGCACCUCUUAUAUCGUUGGGCCUGAAAAAGACGUUAACAACAUCAAUGGCUGGGUGGGAGCCUACACAGACCAGUUUGGCGAUGCGGUUGUGAGCUGCGGCAACACGAACCUCAUGCCUGACAUUGUCUUCAACAUAAAUGGCUUCAGCUUAAGUCUUCCUCCAUCAGCCUACGUCAUGAAGUCCGGGUCCAAGUGCAUGACGGGAUUCGGAUUCGGAAGUUGGAUCCUAGGAGAGGUCUUCAUGCGACACUUCUACACUGUCUUCAGUGUUGGACAGAACAUGGUGGGCUUUGCUCAGGCGGUGUGAUCUGGGCCACGGAAAAGUUCUGAUCCAGUGUUUUUAGUCAUUUAAGAGGCGCCGUUCUCCCCUGAGAGAAGCUGAAAUGUUUA